AAAGCGCCUCCUGAUAUCGGUAGCAUCCCAAUUCUACUCUUUAUCACCAAGAAUCACUGUUAACAAUGGCUCGACGUUACGAUAGUUCCACUACGACCUUCUCGCCGGAAGGUCGUCUGCAUCAGGUUGAAUACGCGAUUGAAGCGAUCAACAACGCCGGUACUUGCGUGGGGAUCCUUGCCCGGGACGGCAUUGUCAUGGCUUCGGAACGCCGCAUUACGUCCGGUCUACUGGCACCUUCCAAGACAUCCGAAAAGACGUAUCCCUUGGCCGCUCAUGCCGCCUGCAAUGUCGCGGGUUUAACGGCCGAUGCGAACAUUUUGAUUGAGCAAGCCCGCCUGCGGGCGGGACGAUACCAGUAUCAGUAUCAGGAACCCAUUCCGGUGGAGCAGCUUGUGGAACACGUCUGCAAUUACAAACAGUUUUACACGCAGCGUGGUGGACUCCGCCCGUUUGGAGUAGCAUUCUUGUUCGCGGGUUACGAUGAACACUUUGGCUUUCAAUUGUAUCAGUCGGAUCCGUCUGGUAAUUACAGUGGGUGGAAAGCGACCGUGAUCGGGGCCAACAAUCAGGCCGGGAAGAGUAUCUUGAAGACAGAAUACCAAAAGGAUAGCAGUGACGAUAUGGCGGAAGGAGAUGAACCCGUUGUCCCGACCGUUGAGGAGUGUCUCAAACUUGCCGUCAAGGUUUUGAACAAAACGAUGGAUGGUACGGGAGCGGCGGCUGCCGAAAAGAUGGAGCUCUUUACGAUGAGACUGGACGAGAACAAACAAUGCGUUCAUCAUAUUCUAACCAAGGAUGAAGCUCAGGCAGUUCUAGAGCAAGUGGAAGCCGAGUCGGCGGCUGCAGGAGAUUCGUAGUACAUACCUGUAUCACACUAAAGAGUAUUCU